AUGGCUUUCAAAAUUCAAUCUCAGCAUCUCCUUUCAUUGGUUCUUCUUUUUCUGGGAUUGUUGGCAUUUCAAGCUUCAUCUCGCACUCUUCAAGAAGCUUCAAUGAAGGAGAGGCAUGAGCAAUGGAUGGUUCAAUAUGGCAGAGUGUAUAAGGACCCCCAGGAGAAGGAGAAGCGUUUCAAUAUAUUCAAGCAAAAUGUGGAAUACAUUGAAGGCUUUAACAUUGCUGGAGCCAAGCCUUAUAAGCUAGGCAUAAAUCAAUUUGCAGAUCUCAGCAAUGAAGAAUUCACAGCUUCUAGAAAUAGAUUCAAGGGUCACAUGUGCUCCUCAAUCUCAAGGACACCCUCUUUCAAAUAUGCAAAUGUGACUGAUGUGCCUUCCUCUGUAGACUGGAGAAAGCAAGGUGCUGUGACACCUGUCAAGAACCAAGGCCAAUGUGGAUGUUGCUGGGCAUUUUCUGCUAUAGCAGCAACAGAAGGAAUCAUUAAGCUGAGUACAGGCAAAUUGAUCUCUUUGUCGGAGCAAGAGCUGGUUGAUUGUGACACAGGUGUGGACCAAGGCUGUGAAGGAGGUUUAAUGGAUGAUGCCUUCAAAUUCAUCAUAAAAAACAAAGGCAUAACAUCUGAAGCCAACUAUCCUUACAAGGGUGUUGAUGGAACUUGCAAUGCCAAUGAAGAAGCCAACCAUGUAGCCACCAUUAAUGGGUAUGAGGAUGUCCCUGCCAAUAGUGAGCAGGCACUGCAAAAAGCUGUGGCUAACCAGCCAGUUUCAGUGGCCAUAGAUGCAAGUGGAUCUGAUUUUCAGUUCUACUCAAGUGGCAUUUUCACAGGUUCUUGUGGCACCGAGUUGGAUCAUGGUGUUACAGCCAUUGGUUAUGGUGUCAGCGAUGAUACUGAAUAUUGGUUGGUGAAAAAUUCAUGGGGAACAGAGUGGGGUGAAGAAGGAUACAUUAGGAUGCAAAGAAAUGUGAAUACUCAAGAAGGUCUUUGUGGCAUAGCAAUGCAAGCUUCUUAUCCCACUGCAUAAUUGUUAAACUAAACACCCUUGUUUCUUUCAAUUCUCAAUAUUCACUCCCAAUGAUUGGUGUUGAUGUAUAGUAUACCUUUGCACCAUUUAAUUAGUACCUGUGAACUACAUUACUUUAAAAACAUAGCAAUGACAAUGAGACACAUGCAUAUAUUUUCAAGUUCUGUAAGUCAUGAUUGUGAAAGUUGUCAAAUGUUUUUUUUUUUUGGCCAGAAAAGUUG